ACAAGUGCACAACGCUCCAUCUCCACCCCUUUUUGCUCCGUUAAUAAUUCACAGAGAGAGAGAGGUUUAUAUCGGUGAAGGACUAAUCUCACUGAAAAUGGAGGAGUGUAAUGAAAUUCCGACUAAAUUCUCAUCAGUUUCAUCAUCGGAAAACCGAGACUCGAUCGGGUCACUCAACGGCGGAGAGGACGACGAAUUUUACGAUAAAAUUGAGGCGCCGAAGUUUGUGGACUUCACUGUUCCGGAUCACUACAGCCCCGACGACCAUUACUGGUUUUGCCUCCGCGUCGGAUGUGACCAAAAGCAUGAGGAAGAAAUGGAUUCUGAAGCAAUCUACAACAAUUUUGUCCUUAGGGUGAUGGCAGCUAGGAGUCCCAAUGUAAGGCUUCGAAAAGCACUAGAUAGAAAUGCUUCGAGAACACCUACAAAAUGCCCACUUUCAGCUCCUCCGAAAUCAUCCAAACCAAGACUGUCAAGGAUGGCUGUCAUUUCAUCAAUGUCUAAGAAGAUGGAUGAGGGCAAGAAAAAGGUCGUUCGGCCCCUUUUGAAGCCUGGAUCUACACCAGUGACAAAGACGAAACCGGUUGCUGCAAAGUAUCUCACCACUCCAAGGAAUAAGAAGAGCAUAUCUGAUCAAAGUUCGUUUAGAAGUGUUCAGCAUCCAAAGCGUAUCAAUGUUGAAGUGCCAAAGAGUCGAAUGGUGGCGAAGGCGUUGGUUUUUCGCUCUCCAAAGAAAGCCAUCAAGGUGAAGACAUCUUUUGAGCUGCGUACACCUGUCUCUAAGUUAUGCCAAGGGAUGAAUAAGCUUGAGAUUUCGAGUCAGAGAAGAAAACCACUACAAACUUGCAAAGGCCAAGAAGAUAAAUUGGGAAGAUCAGUUAGAACAAAGACCAAAGGACAGUUAUCUCAGAAGCAGGAGUGUGAGAAAUUUCUGGGAAGGGAUGAGACACAUAGCUUGAAGAAAGAAGAAAGUUGUGCUAUUGGAAAACAGUUGGACACAAAAGUCAGUGAAGAGUCUGGACUUCAAGAAUCUAGUCAUGAAGAAGCACAUUCGACAGUGCCACCAGCGACACAGUGCUUGGAUUCUGCCUCACCAGAUUAUUCAAAGGGAGAAGUUGCAAAAGCUGAGGAGUGUAAUGGGAAUGAAAACAUUACUUCAGAAAGUUGUGUAGACCAUCAUGGAAACAAUUCUUCUGAAGGAGAACGAAACGGACUUGACUUUGAGGAUGGAGAUGACAAAGAAAACGUUGCAGCUUCUGAUGAGAACAGAAUGCCAAGCAACAUUCUGAAGCAAAAUGAAAGAAAAAUCUUUGGAGUGCACCAGAAAUGCGACCAAGUUAGAAAGAAGGUUACGCAAGCACAUGAUAUUCUGAAAGAGGGUUUGAGUGGUCCGGUGAUGAAGCUGAAGAAACCAAAGGCCACAAAUCCUAAACCAUUUAGACUACGAACUGAUGAGAGAGGUGUUCUUAAAGAAGCCACCUUGGAUAGAAGAGUCGGUGUAGACUCCCCAGCUAGCCAAUGUGAAAAUACAAAUGUGAGCACCCCAGGUGGGAAGUUACAGAAGAAAAACGCUAGUGAUAUUCAAAAAGGGAGCCCGGCAGUGGUUUCAAAGACUCCAAAGCGGCAGGAGAGAUUGAAAUCAGCAGCUCCGAUGACACCAGAAAGUAAUAAACCUAAAGAGCAAAAGGUGAAGAGUAGUGCUAUGCAGAGGUUGGAGAAGUUCAGGAAACUCACAUCAUCUUCUGUUCCCAAACGCGUGAGGCCUCAGGGGGUUGAAUCGAAAAAGCAGGAAUUGGUUUCAUUGCUGAUUCCCGGUCAAAAGCUGGACGUGAUACACGAAACUUCACCCCAAGUUUCGGAACCACAGAGCACUGGAAAGGCAGGUGCGACUGUGAGGAGGAACGGUUGGCGCUGAACCUAAGUUGAGCACACACAGCGACACAGUUUUGUGACCACGAUUGCUCCUGUUUGUUCAAUUAUUUAUUGAAUUAUUAUUUGGUUGCUGCCAUACUUCAUUUCUGUUAUUGUAAAGUGUAAAAACCAAACUACCGGCAUAUUGGUCGAUUCUGUUUUAUGCAUUAA